AUGAGCUCUUGUGCGUGCUGGAUUCCUGCUGUCACCUCACUUGGCACCUUGGUGCUCCACGCUCUCCUCUUGCUGGUCCUUUACAUCAUGCUCAGCAGGAAAAUUGCCCAACAUUCCCGUGGGAUGCAGAUGAAGCCCAGCCCAGCCCCGGCCUCGUCACUGGCAGGGGACAGGGCACAAAAUCCCAGAGCACAAAAACCAUCACCAGCCUAUGCAGGGAGCAGUGACACAUCUUCAGACACCUCGGAGGACUCGGACAGCCCUUCCUGCCCUCAGGUACCACAGGAAAAAACAUCCUGCUCAGAGGAAAACAUCCAUUACACAUCCCUGGUGUUCCCAGGGAAAGGCCACGAGCCAGGCUCUGCCCAGGACUACAAGAACAUGAAGUCUGGGAUGGAUUAUGUCAAUGUGGACCCAAAGAAGAGGAAAAUAUAUUUCUGUCCAUUCUCCAGCCCCGAGGGAUCCAAGGGCGUGGAGUACACCCAGGUGAAGCUGUGA